AUGUCUUACCCCACCUACACCGCAACCCAAAACCAGCGCAUGUGGAGUACAAACUUGCACCAGUGGAUCACCAUCUCCGCUCCAAGGCCAACCUACCCACCCCAACAAACGAGCAUGCCACAACACAUGAGCAUGCCGCAACACAUGAGCAUGCCACAACAGCUCCCUCCUCCCGGCGUCGCUGCCACUAAUUGCUUUCCUGCUGGUUUCGUCCCCAACCAGCAAUACCCUUCUCACAUGCCGGGUAGGUCACAACCCGGCGCCGUGAACGCUCCUGGCGUCGCUGCCACUAAUUGCUACCCUGCUGGUUUCGUCCCCAACCAGCAACACUACUCUCACAUGCCGGGUAGGCCACAGCCCGGCGCCGUGAGCACUCCUGGCGUCGCUGCUACUAAUCGCUAUUCUUCCCCCUACGCACAGCAGCCACAGAGGUUUAGUCAGCCUGUGGUUCAGACUGCUUUCGUCCCAAAGCCUAUGUUUCAGAAUGUUAGGAGGAACUUCACGCCUGGGUGGCAGCAGCAGAGUAGCAUCAUCGAUGCUACUACCAAUGGUCAGGUUUUCGACCUCACACGGGAUGAUGGCGGGGAGGUGCCUCCAACAUGGCCAACAACUCCCUCCGUCCCCGUUUCCUCCGCGCCUACCAAGAGGAAGAGGCAGUCAGGAGGCGAAGAUGAGGUACCAAAGGUACCAAAGAAGAGGGGCAGGCCUCCUAAGGCGAAGCCUAUGGACGAGGUGCCCAAGGUACCAAAGAAGAGGGGAAGACCCCCCAAGACUAGGCCGGUCGUCGUAGCCCAGGUACCAACUCCUGACACCACCACGACCACCACGACCACCACCCCCUCCUCAUUAGAGGACAAUUUCGCGUUCGAAGCCGCCCCGUUUGCCGACUUCAACGAGUACACCAUCGACCAAGGCGUCGAGGCAGGAACCCCCUGCCGCCUACAAGAGCGUGGGCAAGACAGCACCGAAGCUGUAGAAACCGUUGACAACCUCCCGGCCUUCUCUUUGCCCGCGUUUUCAGCGGCUGAGAGUAUAUGGGCGGACGCCCCGAUGUGCCAAGAACCUUGGAUCAGGGAUGUGGCGCCCGCUGACGACCUCCCGGCCUUCUCUUUGCCCGUGUAUACGGCGGCUGAGAGUAUAUGGGCGGAACCCCCGCUACCCCAAGAACCUGAGAUCGUGGAGCAGGGUUCCUUUGAGGAGCUCAUGGAUGCCUUUGAGGCUAGAGCUGCGGCGGAUGAUGGGCUUGCGAAUGCGGCAACAGACGAGUUUGUGUGCGGCUGGAACGAUAAUCUGGAGGAUCUGAUAUUUUGA